AUGGCGACCGCCCGCCUCCGAGACGGAGGAACUCCUCCGUGCGCCCGCGGCUCCGUGGCGCCGCCAGUCCGAGCCACCGUCGAUGUGAGUCUCGUGGUGGUAGUCCAUGGUGGAGGAGCAAGCAACAUCUCAGCCAACCGGAAAGAGCUGGUGCUUGAGGGCAUCACCAGAGCGGCAACCGAGGGCUACAGAAUCCUCAAGGCGGGAGGGAGCGCAGUAGAUGCUGUGGAAGGAGCCGUGACUGUCCUGGAAAACGACCCGGAGUUCAACGCAGGUUAUGGGUCUGUCCUUAAUGUUAACGGUGAUAUUGAGAUGGAUGCUAGUAUCAUGGAUGGGAAGGACCUGUCUGCAGGAGCAGUGUCUGCUGUGCGCUGUAUCGCAAAUCCCAUUAAACUUGCACGGCUUGUUAUGGAAAAGACACCUCAUUGCUUUCUGACUGGCCAUGGUGCAGAGAAAUUUGCAGCAGACAUGGGGAUUCCACAGAUUCCUGUAGAAAAACUGAUAACGGAGAGAACCAAGAAGCACCUGGAGAAAGAGAAGCUUGAGAAGGGGGCGCAGAAAGCCGACUGCCCCAAAAACUCAGGAACUGUGGGUGCUGUUGCCUUGGACUGCAGAGGAAACUUGGCUUAUGCAACCUCUACUGGGGGGAUUGUCAAUAAAAUGGUUGGCCGAGUGGGAGACUCACCUUGCAUAGGAGCUGGAGGUUACGCAGAUAAUAACCUUGGAGCCGUUUCAACCACAGGACAUGGGGAAAGUAUCCUGAAGGUGAAUCUGGCCAGGCUCGCCCUCUUCCAUGUGGAACAAGGAAAGACUGUACAGGAGGCUGCUGAGUUGGCAUUGGAUUAUAUGAAGUCAAAACUCAAAGGUCUAGGUGGCCUCAUCUUGGUCAACAAAACAGGAGACUGGGUGGCAAAGUGGACCUCUGCCUCCAUGCCCUGGGCAGCAGUGAAGAAUAGCAAGCUGCAGGCCGGCAUUGACCUUUGUGAAACCAAGACAAGGGACCUACCUUGCUAGCCUGAGCGUGAAGCUGAGCUGCCUGGUGUGGAGACCUAACUUAAUCAAUUAGAUGCAGACAUGGAAAACUUAUGCAGUCUGUCCCUCCUUUUGUUGCCUUGAUCAGUAAGUCAAUGAAUGCUUGGUUGAGGGUCGGGUUCUGAAGUGAUGAGAGAUGCCUGCCUGUAUUAAGACCAGGGAAAAUGGAAGCCCUGAGGAGCCUGCUCUCCCAGUCUCCAUCAUGUAAGGCUAUAAAGGAGCUGUUAGAUUUUGACCCCAUGGAACUGCCUCUGAGCUAAAAGUGCCAUUUGAAUUGGGAAAAUGGCAAUUUGCAGAAUCUAGACUGGGGGAGUGUGGGAAGAAGGGCUGAAAAAAAAGGUGUAAGAAAGACACAAGUCCAAGUCCAAGUGAAGUUCAAAAUGUUACAGAGUUCAUUCUUAGUCACAAGAACACUGGGCAAGAUGUUCAAGAAGGUGCUCUUUGUCUGUGAGGGAGAAGUGGAUCUUUCCAGAAAGCUCAAACUUCUCCAACACAUAUCUGGGCACUUGCAAAGUCUCCCUUGCUGCCCGAGCUUAGACUAUUGGAAUUUCUUAAUGUCUGGGAUUUUUCUUGGCUCCCAAAAGCCAGCCCUACCAGAACCAGCCCCAGUUGUCCUCACUGAGGCUUGAUAGGACACAUGACAUUUCCAGCCUCUCCAACAGCGGGGUGGCAGAUGGCUGGAGAGAUAACGCUGUGAGUCACUAAGGAGUAGCUGCCAAUACUUUGGGACGGUCCCAAGCACAGUGAAUCAAAUUUUCAGGGUGGUGAGCACGAUGCAGAAAGUAGUCUCCUUGGUGGAGAGCACUCUGUGCACCUGUUAGCACCCUGGAAAUGGCAUGUCUGCUGUGAUGCGUCUGCUCAGCUUUUUAGUCUAGCAGGGAUUCCCUUCUCUCUGGGAAGAAACUGAUUAACUUUAACGUGCCACUAAUAAAAUUUAUUUUUUGAAAGAAAA